GAUUGGCUAUAAAGGUGGGAGGUGGAACUUGGAGGGGACGCCCCUCCCACCGCUAGCUGCUGGCGCAGGCGUGCUGGCGCUGCGGUCUUACCGGUGCUGGCUGGGGCUGCAAUUGGCACAAGUGCUGCCCUGUGCCAGGUGUCAUGGAAGGGCUGCUGACGAGAUGCAGAGCACUGCCCGCCCUGGCCACCUGUACCCACCAGCUCUCUGGGUACAUUCCCCGCAGGUUUCACUUUGCCCCAGGGAGAGGGAAGCGCUUGGCACUGUCCCACAUGUUCCAGCCCCAGAACCUUCGGGAAGACCAGGUGCUCUCGCUGGAGGGCAGAUCUGGUGACUUGACCUGUAAGAGCCAUCGGCUAAUGCUGCAGGUGGGCCUGAUUCACCCAGCAAGCUCUGGUUGUUACCACCUCCUGCCUUACACUGUUCGUGCCAUGGAGAAGCUGGUGCGGGUGAUAGACCAGGAGAUGCAGGCCAUCGGCGGGCAGAAGGUCAACAUGCCCAGCCUCAGCCCAGCAGAGCUCUGGCGAGCCACCAACCGAUGGGACUUGAUGGGCAAGGAGCUGCUAAGACUUAGAGACAGACAUGGCAAGGAAUACUGCCUAGGACCAACUCACGAGGAAGCCAUUACAGCCCUGGUCGCCUCCCACAAGACACUGUCCUACAAGCAGCUCCCAAUCCUACUGUACCAGCUGACAAGGAAGUUUCGGGAUGAGCCUAGGCCCCGCUUUGGACUUCUCCGUGGCCGAGAGUUUUACAUGAAGGACAUGUACACCUUUGAUGCCUCCCCAGAGGCCGCCCAGCGGACCUAUAGCCUAGUAUGCGAUGCCUACAGCAGCCUGUUUGACAGGCUGGGGCUGCAGUGUGUCAAGGUCCAGGCAGACGUGGGCAGCAUCGGGGGCACGAUGUCUCACGAAUUCCAGCUACCAGUGGAUAUCGGAGAAGACAGGUUUGUAGUCUGUCCCCGCUGCAGCUUCUCGGCCAACAUGGAGACACUGGACUCAUCUCAAACGAACUGCCCUGCUUGCCAGGGACCUCUGACCGACACCAAAGGCAUUGAGGUGGGGCACACGUUUUAUCUAGGCACCAAGUACUCCUCCAUUUUCAAUGCCCAGUUUAUUAACGUCCAUGGCAAACCUGCCUUGGCUGAAAUGGGGUGUUAUGGGUUGGGUGUGACUCGAAUCUUGGCUGCUGCCAUUGAGGUUCUCUCAACAGAAGACUGCGUUCGCUGGCCUGGCCUCCUGGCUCCUUACCAAGUCUGCCUCCUCCCCCCGAAGAAGGGUAGUAAAGAGGAGGCGGCCACAGAGCUCAUGGAGCAGCUGUACGACUACAUCACAGAGGUGGUGCCGCAGCUUCGUGGGGAGGUCCUGCUGGAUGACAGGACCCAUCUGACCAUUGGGAACAGACUGAAAGACGCCAACAAGUUUGGCUACCCCUUCGUGAUCAUCGCUGGCAAAAGGGCCCUGGAGGACCCUGCCCAUUUUGAGGUUUGGUGCCAGAACACCAGUGAGGUGGUCUUCCUCACCAAAGAAGCAGUUGUGGCAUUACUGAGCCAAGUGCAGGUCGUCUGAAUGCCCCCAGCCCCGCCCCACUGCGCAGCGUGGAGUUCAUUCAGAUACCACCUUUCCUCUGCUCCUUUCUGGGGCCAGUCUCUCCAGAAACAGGGCAGCUCGUGGAAGGUGAGCACAUGUCAGGAAACCGAUUUUUAUAUCAUCAUUUAUUCACACUAUUUGUAUUUAGUCAUUCACUUGGUCCCUUCCUCUGGACUGACCAUGCUGCCUGCCACUUUAUAUCUCACUGUGGAAGCCUCUGUUAGGAGACAAGGAGGUAAGAAAGAGCAGACUUCUCAUUGUGUCCCUGAGGUGAUCACCUGCCUUGUCUCAGCUGCAUUUCCCUUGUGUGGGGCGGGAGUGGCUGACGGCCGAGGCCCUCGAGGCUCCAUAGUCUGACUGUAGGCCAUGCUGCAUCGGCCCUCCUCCACUUGAACAUGUCCUCUUCCCUACUGGGGCCUCAGUUUCCACAUCUGCAACAAAAAACUACGAGCCUGGAUCUAUGAAGUCCUUAACAACUGUCACUGGCUGGUUCCACAAGAGGUUCAUGAUAGACAGACCUGGUUCCUCUGAUGUUCCGUAGCUGAAGCUACACAGAAAGUUCAUAUGAUGAGCUAAGGGCCCCAACAGAUCUGGCUCCGUGGAGGUGGCUGUGCACUGAGGUCAUGCUGUGUCGAUUGAAUAAAGUCCGACUGUUGGGAUGAGCCUCGCACACUCAUUGAAAUAGCGGCAACAUCUGCCAUCUUAA